AUGGCUAUUAGCACAAAUUUAAAGAAUCUCGUUCAAAAGUUGCCACUGGUUGGUCAACAUGCUCAACAUGCAUUGGAUGAUCUUGGUAUUGGUGGUGGAAAUCAUCAAGAAAAGAGAAAGUCACAAGCCAAAAUUGUCAUUAUUGGUUUGGAAAAUUCAGGAAAAUCAAGUAUUCUCUCCAAACUUAGAAAGAUGAAGAAACAAUUGUGGAACAAGUUGAAGAAACAAAAGAAUGAAUUGCCAGAAACUAAUCCAACUCUUGGUUUCAAUGUUGAUAUGUUCAAGUAUCAUGACACUUCAUUUACUUGCUUUGAAAUUGGUGGAAAGUUCUUGAAAACUAAACAAUUGGCAAAACAUUACUUUGAAAAUAAUCAUGCAGUGAUUUUUGUGAUUGAUUCAACUGACAGAAAUAAGAUUCAAGAAGCUAGAGAUACUAUUCAUUCAGUAAUGCAAGAUCCACUCCUUUCUGGUUGUAAAUUAUUAGUCUUGGCUAAUAAGCAAGAUUUAUCCGAAUCUAUGGAAAUGGACGAAAUGGUCAAACAAUUGAAAUUGAACGAUAUCAAACAAAAAUGGAAUAUUUAUGCAACAAGUGCCAAGAAUGGAAUGGGAUUAUUUGCAAGCUUUGAUUGGAUUUCUUUGGCCGAUUAA